AUGGUAUCGAGUCACCCAACAACAGAAAAGCAAAUCCCCCGUACUACUCCUUCUCUUCCCUCUCUAUAUCUCACCCCCGACCUCUCCAGAUCUGCGAACGCACCACCGUCUCCCUUCUUCUUCUCCUUCUUCUUCUUCUCUGAAUCUCGUCGAAGAAAAAAGGGGGAGCCCUCCCGUUUCUUCUUCAAUGGCGCCUGCAGGAGGAAGAUGCAGAAGAUCGCCUUCUCCAUUUCUCGCCGCCCCGAUCUCCACUCUCCUCCUCCUCUCGCUUCUCGUCCAUGGCGCUCGCUCCUUCUACCUCCCCGGUGUCGCUCCCGAGGAUUUCAUCAAGUACUGGCUCUUGUUUACCGGUUUAGUAUUGAUUUCAACUCGGAUUUGGGAGAGUUGGGCUUGAAGCAGCACCUAAAUGGAGAUGAGUUGAGAGUGAAGGUGAACAAGCUGACGUCUAUCAAGACGCAGCUUCCUUACUCUUUCUAUUCUCUGCCCUUCUGCCGCCCAGGCAAGAUCGUGGACAGUGCAGAGAAUCUCGGUGAAGUUCUUCGCGGUGACCGAAUUGAGAACUCUCCCUAUGUGUUUAAAAUGAGGGAACCAAAAAUGUGCAAUGUUCUUUGCCGGGUUAACCUUGAUGCUAAGACUGCUAAGGCGUUUAAGGAGAAGAUCGAUGACGAAUACAGGGUCAACAUGAUCCUUGAUAAUCUGCCUCUUGUGGUUGCAAUAAGGAGGCUGGAUCAGGAGUCACCUACUAUCUUUCAACUUGGUUACCAUGUUGGAUUCAAAGGCCAAUACAGUGGGAGCAAAGAGGAAAAAUAUUUCAUCCACAACCACUUAGCAUUCACUGUAAAGUUUCACAGAGACUUGCAAACUGACUCUGCAAGAAUUGUGGGUUUUGAAGUGAAGCCAUACAGUAUUAAGCACGAAUAUGAGGGGAAAUGGGCCGAGGAUAAGACACGUCUAACCACCUGUGAUCCUCAUACUAAGCGUACUGUUAUCAACUCCAACACUCCUCAGGAAGUUGAUGACAAAAAGGAAAUUGUUUUCACUUAUGAUGUUGAAUUCCAGGAGAGCGAUGUGAAAUGGGCAUCAAGAUGGGAUGCAUAUCUUCUUAUGAGUGAUGAUCAAAUCCACUGGUUUUCAAUCGUCAACUCCUUGAUGAUUGUUCUCUUCCUCUCAGGCAUGGUAGCAAUGAUCAUGUUGAGGACACUUUACCGCGACAUCUCCAAGUACAACGAACUAGAGACCCAAGAAGAGGCUCAAGAAGAGACCGGAUGGAAACUCGUCCAUGGCGAUGUUUUCAGGCCACCAAUGAACUCGGAACUACUCUGUGUCUAUGUUGGAACUGGUGUCCAGUUCUUCUGCAUGAUCGUUGUCACUAUGCUCUUUGCCAUUCUCGGGUUCCUCUCCCCAUCAAACCGAGGUGGCCUCAUGACAGCCAUGCUUUUGCUCUGGGUCUUCAUGGGCCUGUUUGCUGGAUACGCAUCUUCCCGUCUCUACAAGCUAUUUAAAGGUGGCGAAUGGAAGAAAAUUGCUCUCCGAACUGCAAUCAUGUUCCCUGGGAUCAUCUCUGCCAUCUUCUUCGUCCUGAACGCUCUCAUAUGGGGCCAGAAGUCAUCCGGAGCUGUCCCCUUCGGCACUAUGUUCGCUUUGGUGUUCUUGUGGUUUGGUAUCUCGGUCCCACUCGUCUUUGUCGGAAGCUAUAUUGGAUUCAAGAAGCCAGCUCUGGAAGAUCCAGUAAAGACCAACAAAAUCCCCAGACAGAUUCCGGAGCAAGCUUGGUACAUGAACCCUGCCUUCUCGAUCCUGAUCGGUGGAAUACUCCCAUUCGGAGCCGUCUUCAUUGAGCUCUUCUUCAUCCUCACCUCGAUAUGGCUGAACCAGUUCUACUACAUCUUUGGAUUCCUCUUCUUGGUGUUCAUCAUCCUCAUCAUCACCUGUGCUGAGAUCACUGUCGUGCUCUGCUACUUCCAGCUGUGCAGCGAGGACUAUCUGUGGUGGUGGAGAUCUUACCUCACCUCAGGAUCUUCUGCAGUCUACCUGUUCCUCUAUGCCACGUUCUACUUCUUCACGAAGCUGGAAAUCACGAAGCUAGUCUCUGGAGUGUUGUACUUUGGUUACAUGCUGAUCGCUUCGUAUGCGUUCUUCGUCCUGACCGGCACAAUCGGUUUCUAUGCAUGCUUCUGGUUCACGAGGCUCAUCUACUCAUCCGUCAAGAUUGAUUGAUUGAAUCAUCAUCCGGGUUUUGUAAGCGAUCCUUCUGUGCUCCCCCCCAUUCCUUUAUUUUGAAGCCAAACAGGGUAAGAUUCACAAUUUUAGUAGAUAAAAGUUAAGAAUUGUUAUCAGGUGUAAAACUCUUGUUGCUCAUUUUUGUAUUUAGACAAUUGUCGUCGAGAGAUUAUGAUGUACUAGCCCUUUAAUUGUUCACCUUCGUUCAUCUCCUGUUUUGCCUGUCGAUGAUUGUCGUCGUUCUUCGACCUUCGUCAAUAUGAUUGUCUUCGUUCUUCGUGUCGCACCCUCUGGGCACGAGGGAGUUUCUUGAACUCUGGAGUUCUAAACAGGCGUGGAGUUUUGCGAAAUCUGGGAGUUCAAAACCGGUCUGAAUUACGAACUUUUUUCACCAUUGGCAAGUGAAAAAAUCGGCGAAAGGACACUUGCAUAUCGAGCUUCAUCACAAGAGGUAGAUCUUGCAUAGUUGCAUGUAGAUCGCGUAGUAUGAGCUGCGUUGAAAGUCUGUUCGGUACCGUCUACAGUCAUCAGCUUUCUCAGAACACAGAAAAUACAGCAAUUUCAAUUGCAUAGGAUACAGAGCAUUAAGGACCAAAUAUUUAACAUAGCGCAUCAUUGUUUCCUGUUAUUUCAACGUGACAAAACAUUGAACUGCAGAAAAGAAGUAAUUAAGAGAGCAUGACGAAAUCAAAAGAGAAUACGAGUUAACAAACUACUAAUCUAUGUUUUCCUAUCUAUCUGCGAGGAUGAGUGUCACGAGGAUCGGCGGUGUUGGUAGCGACACGGGCCACAUCACGAGCAUCCGCCUCCGGUUUUUUCUUGGCGUAAAGAACCAUGUACCCGAUCCCCGCGACAACGAGAAAGCCGGCAGCGGCCAUGGUCGGGGUGCUGAAAGGCAUCUUCCUGCGCUGGUGAAGAACUCCACCGGGGUUCUGCCCCGGUGGCCGCUUCGAGCCUUCGACUCCGGCAGCUUUCACUUCUUCCGAGUUCAUCUUGUGCGUGUCUGCCUGCUUCCUCCAGUCUCCUUCUCCGCCGCCUGCCAUCUGGGUUUCUUCCGACGAUGGUGUGACCAAAACCGAAAGUGAAUCCAUGGAAGCCUAGAAUGAGGUUUAAAGGAGGAGCUGGAGAAGAGUUUUGGGCACGUGUUGAUUGAAACACAGACGAACUUAACACGUGGCAUUUGCAUGCCACGGAGUCACCUGCGUCUUUGACAAAUGGAACGAGGGGGUAAAGCAUAAGAAAGGAAAGAUGGGGGUGUAAAGUGAAAACUGGAAAAAUAAAGAGGACUAGAUGAUAAUUGUAGGAGCCGUUGUGAUUGUACUCUUUUCAUGCAGCAGAAUCAGAGCCUGGCCAGAGGCCCAGAGCCCAUUCUCAUAACGGCUACUUCUUCUUCCUCCUCUGUCUCUUUCUCACUAUAAAAUGCUUUACCAAUUUCACAGUUUGCACUCCACUUCGUCCGCAAACAAUCAGCAACCAGCUACUUUGGCCUCCACCUCCCCCAUUUCUUACAUUACUACUUUGCCCCUUUCUAUUUCACCAUCUCCAUGGCCGCCGCCGCCUCUCGGACAGCUUUUCUGCUCUCUUCUUCAGCUCUGCUGCUGCUCCUGUGCUUCUGCACAGAAGCGAAAGAGAUAACAGUGGGAGGGAAGUCGGACGCCUGGACGAUCCCAUCGUCGGAGUCCGAUUCCCUCAACAAAUGGGCCCAACGCACCCGCUUCCGCAUCGGCGACUCCCUCUUGUGGAAGUACGACGGGACGAAGGACUCGGUGCUGGAGGUGUCGAAGAAAGCUUACCUCGCCUGCAAUGUCAGCGAACCCAUUGCAGAGUACAAAGACGGGGACACCAAGGUGAAGCUGGAGAGAGCCGGCGCGCACUACUUCAUCAGCGGAGCUGAUGGACAUUGCAAGGAAGGUCAGAAGGUGAUUAUAGUUGUGUUGUCUCCCAGAACUGCUUCUCCUGCUCCUUCCCCUGCUUCUGAAGAUGAAGACCAGUCGCAGCAGGUUAUGUCUCCUGCUGUUGCGCCCACGAGCGCAGCUGCUGCUGCGUCCAGCUUCGGUUUUGCUGCUCGCCUGGUUUCGGUUCUGGGUUCCCUGCUGCUUCUCCAUUGCUUCAUGUUCUGAUUCCUUUCGGAAUGAUGGGUGAUGGGUUUCAUUGUUUACCCCCGGAAUGACAUGUUUCUUGGGGAGGGUUGGUUAAUUAGUUUAUAAUUCAUUUGAUUCAUUUGUAGUAAAUAGAGUGUCUUCGAUUUCCUUAUCUUUGCAACUUCAAAGCUAAGCAAUUAAAAAAAAAGCACUUCAAAGAUCAUCAAACAUGAAGAGUUGAUACCAGGUUGGAUUGGAUGAGCUAAGUGCACAAAUGGGAAUCCAGAGUUCGAAAGAAGCAAACAUCUGGUCGUGACGCUAGCAAGAAAUAACAUACUCAACAAGCUUGCUUCAAUGAGAAAUGUUUGAAUGAAUACCAUACAUCAUCAGAAAGUGCAGCAUUAAGAAAAUUCUAACGUAAUUGACCAUGUCACCUGAGCUCAAAUUUGUAGUUUGUACUAUCCAUAAGUGGUUAGAAACCUUACAGUUACAGGGGGGAAAAUGAGACAAGGGGAGGUGGUCGACUGAUUGGUCAUGCAUUUCUUCUCACGAGACUAAUCCAGAUUAUACAGCAGCCACUCCCUUUCAUCCUCUGGACAAUAUGAGUAAGUAAACUUGUUGAUAAAAUCAUUGCAAUACUGAUGGCCUCCACAAAGGUUUUCUUGCUGUCAACUUCGCCACAAGAUGAAUAGAAAAUGUCCAAGAUGAUCACUUUACAUCUGCAAUUCCAUUCCAUUCUUCUAAGAACCAUGGACCCUCAACACUUCGCCACAAGAUGAAUAGAAAAUGUCCAAGAUGAUCACUUUACAUCUGCAAUUCCAUUCCAUUCUUCUAAGAACCAUGGACCCUCAACAAAAUUUCAAAUCACCAACAUAUCUUACGCAUCAAAAGCAUUUGCAACAAGGUCUCCAGGUGAGGUGGCUGGAUGAAAUCAAAUCACUGACAACUAUGAAUAAGCUGCAUCUGCAGAGGAAUCCACAUUGCGACCAUUGUAAACAAUUAAUAGUUCCUCUGAAUGUUCUGGAUACAUGAAUAUGAACUUUUCCACGAAUCUUUCAUUUGUAAGAGUCAUAACAGUGCUAAAGCUUGGCUUCUUCUUGAACAGAAACUUUGAUUCCAUAGUCUUCAAAACUCGAUAUCGAGGAAUAACUCUUCCCUCCAUGCUAUACAUCAACAGUGCAGGACUACGAACCACCAUCUCCUUUGUCAGAUUCACGGUGUUCAAAAAGAAAUCCACGCCAGAACUUAACUUCUCAUCACAGCGACCCAGCACGGUCGGACCUCUUCUGAACAUUGCAAUGCAUUCACUCCUUGAAAACCCAAAACCCUCGAAUACAGCAAACUUCCGGUCAAGUGUUGCAACGCUGAAGGCACUAACAGCAGACAACCCAUAUAUAAACAUCCGUGAUUCCACUGAAAACCCCAAACCCAACGUCCUCGAAACAAUGUCUCUAACUUGACAAUCUGUCCUAAUGAACAACCUAGGCUGCAUCUUCAACAGCAUCGAGAGCUGAGACCCAACAAUGCCAUAGCUCUGCAACAAAGCAACGUUCGACAGCAAUCUAGAAUUUGGGUACAUAAAUGCAAGCCAACUGCAUUUUUCAAUAGCCUUAAGCACAUCCUUCUGAUGGAAAGUUUCCAGCAAAAUAUGAACUCGAGGACGCAGCUUCUUCUCCAGACUAGCAGCAAACACAGCACCAUUCUUAGAGAGGAACUUAACAAGACGAGGACUCUCGAAACCCAAUUUCUGAAACAGCUCGAUCUUGGGUUUAAGGUUCUUGUCAACGUUAGCGAACAGAAUCUGCGGAGCCCCAGAGACAGUAGACUGAAUACAGUCAAGAGAGAACCCUAGGCCUCGCAGGAACGCGAACAAAGCUUGGGGCUUUUGGGAAGAUUUGAGACGGGGAAUUCGAGCAGCGAUGGAGAGGGCUUUGGUUUCAGGGAAUUCGAAUUUUGUAAUCAGACAGUCAACUAAACAUGUAGAGCUUGAAUUUGUUGACCUUCCUGCCAGUUCAGAGAAGGGGGAAAUGGGGAAAACCCCCACCGGAAUCAACCAUCGAUUUCCGAGACGGGAAGUCGAUAGUGCCUUCAGCGCUAGCAUUGUGAGUACAAAGUGACAGCGACGCGAGCUUCAGCGACCAGGUUCAGCCUCGGAGGAAGAUGAUGCCUUUUGACGCCAAUGAAUCAGAGACGGAGCGAUGGCGGUCCGACCUUCGGUGACUAAUGGCUAAAUCCAGCUUCAGAGGAGACACGACGACCUUCGGAGGAUGGCCAACACGCCGCUAAAAGCAUAUGACUUGGCGCCGCGGCCGAUUGACGGAGCAACAAGAGCGUCGUCGCGAUCAGGCAGCAGGCUAUUUAGAACAGCAGGCGAAGCAGAAGCGAGUCAGUGAAAUGUUC